AUGUCGCACACAGUCGAAUACACCUCACUUCAAAGGGAUGCGUCCGACGAGGACCAAGCCUCCGACGAGAAGGCGAUCUCGCAAAGUGCACAAGUCCUCCCGGACGGACAGCAACAUCACGCCGGUGCCACGGCGGAGCGCAUGUUUAGUUUCCGCGACUUCAAGUUUCUAAAGACAUGCAUCGUCUGUAUCUCGGUCUAUCUCAUUGCGGCUAUUGCGGCGGUCGUCUGGUCGUAUCAAGGGCCGCCGGUCGACGGCACAUUCUCUCAACGGCGUGUUUUCCGGACCCCGGACUCAUUGAAAGUCGAUCAGCUAUACUCUGGGCUGGCUCUGUCGGCAUUGCUAGCACCAGCAGGAAUGUUAGUGCAGUGGAUUAUGCACGACUUUCGACAACUACGCUUGUUUGCCAUCACAGCUCAACAACCCGUUCUGCUAGCAGAUUUGGACAAAAUUGGAGACGAAUCUAGCUCUUUAACGCUUAAGACCAUGGACUCCAGCAACCAGACCAUUGAUAUCGGCCCUAAGAAAAAGGAGUCACAGACCCUUCGUCUUUGGAACAGUGCAGGCAACACUACUAUAAAUGGCAUCCCCGUUGGCGGAACUACCUACUUCAUCUCAGCCGGCACAUCAUCUUCUCUGGAAGUCAGCACUCUCACAAAUGAUACCAGCCUUACUAAGACCGCCGAUGGACACUGGAUUUCCCGUAGCAAGUGCACACCCGAGUUUUCCUGGGAAGUCGCCGGAUGCGUAUUCAAUGGCACGAUCAUGACAGAAUGCUACUCCGAACCGAACACCAACACCACAGCCAUCGACACCGUUGCUCUGAACGCAUUGCAGAGCUAUAUGACAGCGAUUCCCUGGCGGAUAUUCAUCGAGAGGCUCACCAUCGUUGAUAAGACUAUCGACACGUUGUACUCGAUCCCAACCACGCGUGAUUGGGGCCACUUCUUCGGCAACAUCGCACAGUCCAUCGCCGCUAUCUCGACGGCAGGGUAUUAUGGUACUGCGACGGUUCCCACGGUAGCGAGAGUCCAGGAGGACGUGUACAUCAUCCGCACCGUUGUGUUAUGGAUAGUCCUGGUCAUGCUGGCAGUCGUGUUCUUUACGAGCUGUCUCGAUAUCUGGAGAAGCAAAUCACGUGGCCUGCCAUUUAGGACGGCAACAUUUCUGGCCAUUUCGAACGCCGUUAGGGGCCCGUGGUGGGAUCAGGUACUGUAUGGCAGCUGUGUUGCUGAUGAGGUGGCAAUGCAGAAGCGGAGCUCGGCGGCGGUUAUGUUCGGCGCUGAUGUGAACAACCCAUACCACGUCGGGUUGCUGCCGGCUGUCCUACCAAUCAAGAAGGAUAGAACUUACUUUGGGAUCAGAAGACGGAUGGAAUCUAGAAGGUGA